GUACCUAAAGUAUCAGAAGAGGUGUGUAAGUGAACGAAAGAAGUUGGGUAUUGGUUACAGUGAGGAAAUGAACACGUUGUUUAGGUUUUGGUCAUAUUUUCUGAUAGAUGUGUUUGUCCCUUCUAUGUAUAAAGAUUUCCUGAAGUUUGCUCUGGGAGAUGCUGCUGCUAAUUAUAGUUUGCUCUGA